AUGGCUACCAAACGGAAACUCGACAAUUUCUUCACUCCAAUUGACAGCAAGAAAGCCCGCACGAGCUAUAAUGAUGCCCCUGCACCAUCACCACCGCCAAUAGGACCCAACGCCUCGAAACAUCGUUCCUAUCCUUUCCCCGUCCCCCAUUUGCCCGAAGAUAUCAUGAGUGCCCUAGGCUCUGUACCAGAAUCACACUCAACAGUCAUCAAUGAUCAGCUUGAUCUUGACCUGCUCUACUUUCAGCCAUUCAUUCCAAAAUCGAUUGAGCAUGGGCUCUUCGAAUUCCUACGGAAGGAACUCUUCUUCUACAGAGUGAAAUACAAGAUCAAACGAGGUGGCUUUGAAACCGAUAUCAACACUCCCCGAUUCACCACAGUCUUUGGGGUCGAUUCUUCAGCUCGUUGGACUGAAGAAGGAGAUCUCAUGGACAGCCAAACAAGCAAGCCAGUACCAAAAGAUCGGUGGAAGUGCACCCCAAGACCAUUACCACAAUGUCUUGACCAUCUCCGUCAAUUGACAGAAAUAUUUACUGGCGCGACCUACAACUUCUGCCUUGUCAAUUACUACGCCAAUGGUGCAGAUAGUAUCAGCUACCAUCGCGAUGAUGAGCGUUUCCUUGGUCCUGAUCCAUCAAUAGCCUCCUUUUCUUUGGGCGCCACGCGUGACUUCUGCUUAAAGCACAAGCCGAUUCCUCCAAAAGAUGGCGAGCCACCUCCGGAACAGAAUCUCAAGCCACCAUUGAAGCUGCCUUUGGCGAGUGGGGAUAUGGUUCUCAUGAGGGGCAAGACCCAGUCUUGCUGGCUGCAUAGCUUACCAAAGAGAAAGGGGAAAGGAAGUGAGGGAGGCAGAAUUAAUAUCACAUUCCGACAAGGGGUCAAACCCUAUGCAACAGAAAAUUACAUGCAGUACAAUGUCGGAGACGGAUGUGUGUAUAAGUGGGAUCCGCGGAAAAGGCAAAUGAAUGAAUGGCACGGGCAGGUCAACCAUGCGUAA